GAGAGGCGUCCAGGAUGCAACGUCAUAGCCACGCCCCCAGGGCUCACCUCCUAUUGGGCGUGCGGGCCUAGGCCCCGCCCCCAGCCCCGCGAGUGCGGGCGCAGGAAGAUGACGCAGGCUCGACCCGAGUAGGAGGAGCAGCGGGCGACCUGGGAGGCCGCUGCGGGGGCACGUCUGGCCUCGGGCCUUGCCGCCGCCAUGACCAUCUGCCACUUCUUCCUGCAGGGCCGCUGCCGCUUCGGGGAGCGCUGCUGGAACGAGCACCCCUAUGGCUUGGGCGAGGACGGCGGUGGGGGGCGGCCUCCUCCGCAGCAGCACCCGGCGGCCGCCUCCGGUUCUAGCAGAGGGGCAUGGAGCAACAGUUCUCAAAGAUAUUCUAAUGUCAUCCAGCCAUCUAAUUUCUCCAAAUCCACAGCUUGGGGGGGCAGCAGAGAUCCAGGGAAGACCUCCUUUGGGUCCUUUGACUCAGGGGCAUCAAGUAGUGGAAGCAGAAGUGCUGGGUUUUCUCAGAAUAAAUUCUCUACACUGAGCUCUAACCAACUGGAUGGGCAGAAAGAUGAUGAGCAUAAACUGAUUGAAGGAAUAGUGGAAGACAUGGAGAUGUGGGAGUCUUCAGGGCAGUGGAUGUUCUCUGUUUACUCACCGAUGAAAGAAAAGCCAAAUAUCUCAGGUUUUGCAGAUAUUUCACCAGAAGAAUUGAGACUGGAAUAUUCUAACUGUAUAAUCAGCAAUGCCUUACAAAGCUAUCUAAAUUCCGUCCAGCAGUUGGUAAACCUGUGGAAGAGCAGGUUACUUGAGCUGAAAAACAUAAAUGCAGCAACCAAAGGAGCAUUGCUUUCUAAACUGAAGAAUGAAGGGAGUCAAGCAGUUCCUACAUUUGGAUUUCAGAGUCAGCAAACCUCAGCAUUUGGUUCACCAGGUUUCCCAGUGAACAGUAACAGCAGUAGCAGUGCUCAGAAUUUUAGUUUUAAGCCAGCUUCGGGCUUUGGUUCUGCCCCUUCUAGCAGCAGCACAUCAGUGUUUGGGUCUCCAGUGAUGCCGGCUGCUGCUGCUGCUGCUGCAUCUGCAUCUUCUUCUAAUUCGACUCUGACCACCUCUGCUCCCACUUCCUUUGGAUUUGGGGAGGCAGCAGCCGUUUCGGCUGCAUCUUUUUCAUUUAAAAGCCCGGAAGUUUUUAGCUUUGGAUCAGCUGGGUUUUCAGGAUUUCCUGCUUCCUCCCCAUUAGGCACAGCAGGUGCCCCUGGCAACCCCGCCUUUGGCCCCUCAGGCUCGGGCUCAGGCUCAGGGGCCACGUUGUUUGGACUGCCUGCCAGUGGCUUUGGGCAGAGUGGCGCCUCAUCCUCUCUCCCGUCAUCCGGGGGCAGUAACACAGCCACAACCGAGCACUUAUUCACGCCCAAAAAUGAACUGACCGAAGAAGAACUCAAACAGUUUGUGGCAAAGAAAUUUACAUUAGGAAAGGUUCCUCUCAAGCCACCCCCAGAAGGGCUUCUGAGCAUCUAAAAGGACCCUUUUUAAAUAGGAGAGCAUGUUUUUCAGUGGUAAUUUGAAUAGUAUGCACAUGUGAUGAUAAGAUGUCCAGGCUUUGCACAGAGUUUUUUUGACUUUGAAAUAUUUUCUUUUCCUUGGUUAUAUUUUCAUGUCCUAAGCCAGGCAGUGGGAAUCACAGCUAAUCAGCAUUAGUAGCUGGGGGCUUUUCUUAAUGUGAUUACGAAUGGGACGACCGCCGGAGUGUUGCCAGUACACCGAGUGGCUUGUCCUGGCCCCCCACCACGAGCAGAUUCACCUCUUGGCACUGUAACUUUCAGAGGGUGUGCCAUGGUCUCAAGCCAAAAGAGAAUAUGAUAGACAGUGGGGAAGAUAGCCAGCUUACAAAAGGAAUGUAAUAAGCUCAGAACUUUCUUCAUGAUAAAGGGGAUGUGUGUUAAGUGUAUGUUUAAAUAGAACCUGAGAAGUUUUUAUUCCUAGGCAAUAAUAGGCAUUUUUUCCUUCCCCCAAGUUUGUAUCCCUCUUGAUAUUGAAAAAGAAGUUUCAGUCCUAGGCUUUGCCAAUUGAAUUACUUUUCAGCAUUUAUAUGAUGACUAACAUCUUGAUACCAGAGUGAUUGCUAUAAUCCUGAUUCUUCUCAAUGUCUUGUGAAGAACAUCCCCAUCUGAUAAAUGAAUAGUGAGAGAAAUGGAAGCUGUGACCCGCCCCAUGAGCUCAUGGUGAGCAGAUAAUGGACCCAAGCUUCUCCCGGUUCUGCUUGGGAGCCUUCUGUGGAGGAUGGUUGAACACAUUGAAGUCUCCUCUUUGUCCUCAGCGCAGGAGGAGUAGGCUAUUGUACCGUUUAUCCUGUGAAGGACAAGGCAGAGACCUGCAAUUACCACUUGAUAAAAUACAUUCUAACUUGUUUAGUGUGGGCGUUUCGUAUUCCUGCUUUUUUAAACCUGGAGAGCUUCACAGCCAGCGCUGAAGAUGGCGUGGCUCUGUAUGUUGGUGUCUUGUAUUGGGCUGGUUUUUUAGUGAAAAUAAAAACUUUGCCUAGCAACUAUUCUGUA